AUGCUCCCCAGAGCAGAGGCCCAGGACUGGCAUUGGGACAUGCAGCUGACCGGCAAAGUGGUGCUGUCCGCCGCCGCCCUGGUCAUAGUGACAGCAGUCUACAGACUCUACAGGUCAAGGCCUGCCCCAGCUCGGCAGGGGAGUGGCAAUGCCAAGACCAAAGCUGAAGAGGAAGAAAAGGGCUCCAGGCAACCUGCUUUUCAGGGGGCUCCUCCAGGAACGCUGCAGACAGAGCCGAGACGCCGUCCACGGAGGGUGAGCCAGGGAGCCGGAGCUCCCCAGGACUGCAACUGUGAGGACCUGGGAGACCACUGUGUCCUGGCCUCAGGAGCUGCUCCCCGACACAGGAGGUCCCAGAGCCAAGGCUCCAGUGAGGAACAGGGCAAGGGGUGGCCAGACUCGGAGCAGGUGCCCCCGCGCUGCCAUAGCCAGGAAUCUGGAACAGCUUUUGGAGGUAAGCCCAACCCUCCCCACUGCCCCGGUUAUCAAGGCAGUGAACCUGAAAGUGCCCCAGCCAGCCUUGCAACAGCGGCCGUGGGCAGCAGCUGUGUGGGAGGUGAGCCUGCUCCAUGGGGGAAUGGCAAACUACCUGAGCAGCCAGCACCUGGGGGGCAGGAACCUGACCACCAGCACUGGGUGACUCCAGCGGAAAGCAGUAAUGACAUGAACCCAAAUUGGGUCUUCACCCGCGUGUCAGGGGUCAGCAGAGAAGAGGCCGGGGCCCUCCAGGCCGCCUCAGACAUGGGCCUGGCCCUGCACCAGCAAGAAGGCGCUGGUGACACCUCAUAUACCUUUUCAUCCGUGGCACGGGUUCGCAUGGAGGAGAAUUUCAUUCAACAGGUGGAAGGGAAAGGGCUCAGGCUGAAGGGUAAAGUGUACGAUUACUAUGUGGAAUCCACCUCGCGGGCUAUGUCCCAGCCGGCCCCCCAGGCUGCAGCCCCGACUGAGGCUCCGCCCCCUGGGCCAGUGCCAGGCGGAGACCGGGCAGAUGACACAGAAGGCGGAGUGGAAACAGGCGCCUCCCCGGAGCCUGUACCAUCGGGCCCCCCGCACGGCUUCAGCAGAAAGGAGAGUUUUCUUCAGAUCGUGGAGAACCCAGAGUUGCAGCUGCAGCUAGACGGCUUUGGGCCCCAGGACCCCCCAACCGAUUCACCCAGGAACAGCGAGGAGCCCCAGGUGCAGCUUGUGGCUGGAACCAACUUCUUCCACAUUCCGCUUACACCCGCCUCGGCCCCAGACACCCGCCUGGAUCUGGGCAAUUGCUAUGAGGUUCUGACCCUGGCCAAGAGGCAGAACCUGGAGGCCCUGAAGGAGGCGGCUUACAAGGUGAUGAGCGACAAUUACCUCCAGGUGUUGCGCAGUCCGGACAUCUACGGCUGCCUGAGCGGAGCUGAGCGGGACCACAUCCUGAAGCGCCGACUCCGGGGCCGCAAGCACCUGGUGGUGGCCGACGUGUGUCCCCAGGAAGAGUGGGGCCGCCUCUAUUGCUAUGAUGACAGCAAGGAUGCUUGGCACCUGCUGGCCCACCUGCCCCCUGAGGCGGUGUCCUGGGGCUGCGCUAUCUGCAGUCUGUUUAAUUACAUCUUCGUGGUGUCCGGCUGCCAGGGGCCCGGGCGCCAGCCCUCGAACCGUGUGUUCUGUUACAACCCGCUAACGGGCAUCUGGAGUGAGGUGUGUCGUCUCAACCAGGCUCGCCCACACUGCCGGCUGGUGGCACUGGCCGGACAGCUGUACGCCAUCGGGGGCGAGUGUCUGAAUACCGUUGAGCGCUAUGACCCCCGGCUGGACCGCUGGGCCUUCUCCCCGCCGCUCCCCAACGACACAUUCGCCCUGGCACACACGGCCACGGCGUGCGCUGACGAGAUUUUUGUCACAGGGGGCACACUGCGCUACCUGCUGCUCCGCUUCUCAGUCCAGGAGCAGCGCUGGCGGGCCGGCCCCACGGGGGGCAGCAGGGACCGCACGGCUGAGAUGGUGGCGGCCAAUGGCUUCCUCUACCGCUUCGACCUCCACCGCAGCCUGGGCAUCAGUGUGUACCGUUGCAGCGCCAGCACCCGGCUCUGGUAUGAGUGCGCCACUGUCCGGACGCCCUACCCAGAUGCCUUCCAGUGCGCUGUGGUGGACGAUCGCAUUUACUGUGUGGGGCGCCAGCGCACGCUCUGCUUCCUGGCCGACCACAUCUCGCCCAGGUUUGUGCCCAAUGAGCUCCAGAGCUUCCCAACGCCUCGGGGCACCCUCCUGCCCACUGUCCUGACCUUGCCCAUCUCCGAUGUGCCUCAGACCAGGGUCUAGCAGCCCCAAUGCCAGGCUCCUAUUCGACACCAAGAGGCAAGAUCGGUGCCC